AUGGUUCCUAUAAAUGUAACUGUUCCACAGUCAUCAUACAGUGUUUUGAUUGACAACUCUGUAACCUUGAUCUGUAAUGUGGCACCUGACCUUGAGUGGUUUGAUGUUUAUUGGGAGAGGAUUCCUGAAUAUAGUAAUGAAUCUUCAGUAUUAGCCAUAGACUCUGAGAUGUUAUCAAAUAUGAGUACAAAAUACAGUGGCAGUAAUAACAACACACCAUCCCUGACCAUCUUUGAUGUUGAAAAAUCCGAUGGAGGAAUUUAUAUUUGUUUUGCUUAUAAUGAAUAUGGAACAUGGAACAGUUCUGACAUACAUCUUACAGUUCAUGUUCCUCUUGAAGUGACCAUUCCACAUUCAUCAUACAGUGUUUUGAUUGGCAACUCUGUAACCUUAAUCUGUAAUGUGACAUCUGACCUUGAAAGGUUUGAUGUUUACUGGCAGAGGAUUUCUGAACAUAGCAAUGAAUCGGCAGUAUUAGCCAUAGACUCUGAAAUGUUAUCAAAUUUAAGUACAAAAUACAGUGGCAGUAAUAACAACACACCAUCUCUGACCAUCUUUGAUGUUGAAACAUCUGAUGGAGGAAUUUAUAUUUGUUUUGCUGCUAAUGAAUAUGGAACAUGGAACAGUUCUGACAUACAUCUUACAGUUUCUGUUCCUAUAAAAGUAACCGUUCCACAGUCAUCAUACAGUGUUUUGAUUGACAACUCUGUAACCUUGAUCUGUAAUGUGGCAUCUGACCUUGAGUGGUUUGAUGUUUACUGGGAGAUGAUUCCUGAAUAUAGUAAUGAAUCUUCAGUAUUAGCCAUAGACACUGAGAUGAUAUCAAAUAUAAGUAAAAAAUACAGUGGCAGUAAUAACAACACACCAUCUCUGACCAUCUUUGAUGUUGAAACAUCCGAUGGAGGAAUUUAUAUUUGUUUUGCUUCAAAUGAAUAUGGAACAUGGAAAAGUUCUGAAAUACAUCUUACAGUUCAUGUUCCUCUGAACGUAACUGUUCCACAGUCAUCAUAUAGUGUUUUGAUUGGCAACUCUGUAACCUUGAUCUGUUAUGUGGCAUCUGACCUUGAGUGGUUUGAUGUUUAUUGGGAGAUGAUUCCUGAAUAUAGUAAUGAAUAUUCAGUAUUAGCCAUAGACUCUGAAAUGUUAUCAAAUAUGAGUACAAAAUACAGUGGCAGUAAUAACAACACACCAUCUCUGACCAUCUUUGAUGUUGAAACAUCCGAUGGAGGAAUUUAUAUUUGUUUUGCUGCUAAUGAAUAUGGAACAUGGAACAGUUCUGACAUACAUCUUACAGUUCAUGUUCCUCUUAAUGUAACUGUUCCACAGUCAUCAUACAGUGUAUUGAUUGGCAACUCUGUAACCUUGAUCUGUAAUGUGACAUCUGACCUUGAGUGGUUUGAUGUUUAUUGGAAGAUGAUUCCUGAAUAUAGUAAUGAAUCUUCAGUAUUAGCCAUAGACUCUGAGAUGUUAUCAAAUAUGAGUACAAAAUACAGUGGCAGUAAUAACAACACACCAUCCCUGACCAUCGUUGAUGUUGAAACAUCAGAUGGAGGAAUUUAUAUUUGUUUUGCUUAUAAUGAAUAUGGAACAUGGAACAUUUCUGACAUACAUCUUACAGUUCAUGUUCCUCUAAAUGUAACUGUUCCACAGUCAUCAUACAGUGUAUUGAUUGGCAAUUCUGUAACCCUGAUCUGUAAUGUGGCAUCUGACCUUGAGUGGUUUGAUGUUUACUGGGAGAUGAUUCCUAAACAUAAUAAUGAAUCUUCAGUAUUAGUCAUAGACUCUAUGAUGUUAUCAAAUAUGAUUACAAAAUACAGUGGCAGUAAUAAAAACACACCAUCUCUGACCAUCUUUGAUGUUGAAACUUCUGAUGGAGGAAUUUAUAUUUGUUUUGCUUCUAAUGAAUAUGGAGAAUGGAACAGUUCUGACAUACAUCUUACAGUUCAUGUUCCUCUUAAUGUUACUGUUCCACAGUCAUCAUAUAGUGUAUUGAUUGACAACACUGUAACCUUGAUUUGUAAUGUAACAUCUGACCUUGAGUGGUUUGAUGUUUACUGGGAGAUGAUUCCUGAAUAUAGCAAUGAAUCUUCAGUAUUAGCCAUAGACUCUGAGAUGUUUUCAAAUAUGAGUAAAACAUAUAGUGGCAGUAAUAACAACACACCAUCUCUGACCAUCUUUGAUGUUGAAACAUCCGAUGGAGGAAUUUAUAUUUGUUUUGCUGCUAAUAAAUAUGGAACAUGGAACAGUUCUGACAUACAUCUAAUAGUUAAUGUUCCUCUAAAUGUAACUGUUCCACAGUCAUCAUACAGUGUAUUGAUUGGCAACUCUGUAACCUUGAUCUGUAAUGUGGCAUCUGACCUUGAGUGGUUUGAUGUUUAUUGGGAGAUGAUUCCUGAACAUAGCAAUGAAUCUUCAGUAUUAGCCAUAGACUCUGAGAUGUUAUCAAAUAUAAGUACAAAAUACAGUGGCAGUAAUAACAACACACCAUCCCUGACCAUCUUUGAUGUUGAAAAAUCCGAUGGAGGAAUUUAUAUUUGUUUUGCUGCUAAUGAAUAUGGAGAUUGGAACAGUUCUGACAUACAUCUUACAGUUCAUGUUCCUCUUAAUGUAACUGUUCCACAGUCAUCAUACAGUGUAUUGAUUGGCAACUCUGUAACCUUGAUCUGUAAUGUGACAUCUGACCUUGAGUGGUUUGAUGUUUACUGGGAGAUGAUUCCUGAAUAUAGCAAUGAAUCUUCAGUAUUAGCCAUAGACUCUGAGAUGUUAUCAAAUAUGAGUAAAAAAUACAGUGGCAGUAAUAACAACACACCAUCCCUGACCAUCUUUGGUGUUGAAACAUCCGAUGGAGGAAUUUAUAUUUGUUUUGCUGCUAAUGAAUAUGGAACAUGGAACAGUUCUGACAUACAUCUUACAGUUCAUGUUCCUAUUAAAGUGACCGUUCCACAGUCAUCAUACAGUGUUUUGAUUGGCAACUCUGUAACCUUGAUCUGUAAUGUGACAUCUGACCUUGAGUGGUUUGAUGUUUAUUGGGAGAUGAUUCCUGAACAUAGUAAUGAAUCUUCAGUAUUAGCCAUAGACUCUGAGAUGUUAUCAAAUAUAAGUACAAAAUACAGUGGCAGUAAUAACAACACACCAUCUCUGACCAUCUUUGAUGUUGAAACAUCCGAUGGAGGAAUUUAUAUUUGUUUUGCUUAUAAUGCAUAUGGAGAUUGGAACAGUUCUGACAUACAUCUUACAGUUCAUGUUCCUCUAAAUGUAACUGUUCCACAGUCAUCAUACAGUGUUUUGAUUGGCAACUCUGUAACCUUGAUCUGUAAUGUGGCAUCUGACCUUGAGUGGUUUGAUGUUUAUUUGGAGAUGAUUCCUGAAUAUAGUAAUGAAUCUUCAGUAUUAGCCAUAGACUCUGAGAUGUUAUCAAAUAUGAGUACAAAAUACAGUGGCAGUAAUAACAACACACCAUCUCUGACCAUCUUUGAUGUUGAAACAUCUGAUGGAGGAAUUUAUAUUUGUUUUGCUUAUAAUGAAUAUGGAACAUGGAACAGUUCUGACAUACAUCUUACAGUUCAUGUUCCUCUUAAUGUAACUGUUCCACUGUCAUCAUACAGUGUUUUGAUUGGCAACUCUGUAACCUUAAUCUGUAAUGUGACAUCUGACCUUGAGUGGUUUGAUGUUUAUUGGGAGAUGAUUCCUGACUAUAGCAAUGAAUCUUCAGUAUUAGCCAUAGACUCUGAGAUGUUAUCAAAUAUGAGUACAAAAUACAGUGGCAGUAAUAACAACACACCAUCCCUGACCAUCUUUGGUGUUGAAACAUCAGAUGGAGGAGUUUAUAUUUGUUUUGCUGAUAAUGAAUAUGGAACAUGGAACAGUUCUGACAUACAUCUUACAGUUCAUGGUACCUAUACAAAUUGUAACAAGAAUAUGAGUUACCUUAGAUUGCAUACCAUGUUACCUGUGGGAUAUUGUUUAGAUGACAGCAUUGUUUGCUAUGGUAUAGAUGUUACAGACACUAAGAAUAUAUCUAUUGUCCGGGGAGUAGAGUUUAUAGAUAUAAAGGCAGUUCCUGUGAAUGAUAGCAUGAUUUCGUUUGAUCUCUGUAUAACAAUGAGUCUGCAUGAUCUGUUAGGAUUUCAUCAGGUUAUAAUAACUGUUAGCACAAAUGAGAGCAGAGAGACAAAUUUGACAUGGAAUAUAGAAGUUGAAAAGUCAACAUGUGUGCUUAAUCCCUCAUAUGAAGUAGAGGUGUUGGAAUAUGAAUCUGUUGGGAGUGUAGUGUUCAAUAUAGACAGUUGUCCACCUGAUAACUAUACAAUACUGUCUUCUAUAGCUGAGCAGUCAGAUGAUGAAAUACGUUUUACAUCAGAUAAUGGUUAUGGAUAUAUCAUUACCAGUCCACUGAAUGCAUAUGUAAACCCUUUCUAUAGAUUUCAGUUGAUGAUGACAGAAAACAACAUUGUCCUUGAGACAGUUAAUGUAACCAUAGUAAUUGUUGAUUCCAGUAAAAGACCUUUGUGUCCAAGUAAAAUAGAUGUCAAUAUAAACUUGUUAGAUGUAGAAGGAGAUACUGGCUACAACAUCAAUUGCACAUCUUAUGAUAAUAGAUCUAUAGACUAUGUCGUUUCUGAAACAGACUAUUUUGGAGUACUUUCUUCUGGAGAAAUCCGUUUAAAUAGACAAUUACCUAGAUUUUUUGACACCAUCACAUUCUUUGAAGUAAUGGUAACUUAUGAUGGAAAUCCCCUACAUUCAGAGACUGUUAUUGUUGUAGUUCACUUAAAUAAUUCUAUCAGUGCAGUAUGUUCACCAAUCAAAACAGAGCCUGCAGUAUGGAUUCUCAAUGCCUGUGUAAAGAUUGAAAUGAACUGUAGUGAUCCAACCCAAACAGAUUCAACAAAUCUAUGGUAUUAUGUAAAUUUGAUAGGAUCUAGAAUGCAAGCUUUCACAGUAGAUGAUUUAUCUAAUGGUGUAUACAAUUUAUGUUACAAUCUGACAGAGAGUGGACAAUAUGAGCUUUCUGUUAUUGUAUGGAAUGAUCUGCUAGAUAAUAUAAUUCAUAUCACUCUGGACGUUGAUUAUGUAGACACAACUCCUCAAUUUAUCAACUCAUCUUAUUCAGUAGACAUUCCAGAAAAUAUACCAACUGCAUUUCCUAUACUUUCCUUCACAGCAUCUGUCGACUAUGGGGAUUUGUCUUAUUCAAUCCAAGGUCAAAAGAGUAUACCAGUUUUUGAAAUCACUAAAACAGGAGUAAUUCAAACAACAUCAUCUUUGAGACCAUAUACUGACCAUACCAUGCAAUUCAAGGUUCAGCACAUCACAACUAGGCUGAUACUCAUAGCAACUGCCAGUUUGGUUAAAUUUGCAUGA